AUGCCAUUAAGAAAAUCUUUGAUAAUUUCUCCCCUUCGUCAUUUUUGUCUUCACUCACUUCUUUGCGAUUUUCCCUCCCAUCGUAUAUUUCAUUUCAUUUAUUAUUUUUUUAUUUAUUUCUAUAUUUCUUCCUCCCACAUUAUUUGUUCCUCUUCUUUCUCUCCAUUCUUCCUCUCUUUUUCUCUCCCUCCCUCCCCACUUCUUUCUCUCUCAUCGCUACUCUUUCUAAUUCUUUCUUUUCCCUCCUUGCUUCUUUCUCCUCAUCCUUACUUCUCUCUCUCUUUGUCCUUACUUCUUUCUUUCUAUCUCUCUCCCUACUUCUCUUACCGUUUUCUUCUUUCUCUCUCUCUUCCCACUUCUCUUUUUCUCUUCCUCCUUCCACACUUCUUUCUUUCUCUCUACCCUACUAUUUUCUCUGUCUCCCUCCCCACUUUUUCCUCUGUCUCCCUCCCUACUUCUUGCUUUUUCCCCACCCUCAUCGUCACUGAUUUCUAUCUUUCUUUUCACCUCCCUUUUACUUACUUCUAUCUUUCUUUUCACCUCCCUUUUACUUACUUCUAUCUUUCUUUUCACCUCCCUUUUACUUACUUCUAUCUUUCUUUUCACCUCCCUUUUACUUACUUCUAUCUUUCUUUUCACCUCCCUUUUACUUACUUCUAUCUUUCUUUUCACCUCCCUUUUACUUACUUCUAUCUUUCUUCUCACCUCCCUUAUACUUCCUCCCUUCCUUCCUUGCUUGCUUCCUUCCUUCCAUCCAUCCAUCCAUCCAUCCAUCCAUCCAUCCAUCCACUUAUUUCUAUCUUUCUUCUUCUCUAUCUGUCUGCCUUUAUUUUUCCUUUCCUACUAAUCUUUUUCUUGAUAUUUUCCUCUCAAGUGAUAUCUAUGUUCUUUUUCCCUUUUUAG